CCUUGUUCCUAAAAGAAGAGAGACACCACACGCGGCUUGCGACUGGGAGAAAACAAUCUUUUCCGGUUCCUGAUCUACCAGAUCCCCUUUUCUCCCUUUCGUGCCUGGGGAAUUCUGGAGGAAUUCGAUUAAUUCCUUGGCGGUCUUGUUCGACAGGCCACUCGACAAAUAUGUGGACGAUUCGUAAGCCUGCUUCUUCUCGGAGAAUGCGACCAUGCACGUCUUUUUAGCCAGGCCGUUGCAUUAAAGAGUUGCAGGUCCCCCCCCUCUCUUCACCAUUCGGAGCAAUCUACACCUGCAGACGGAAAGCAGCUGUAAUAGCUAUGUGUCCGGAGGAAUGUCGCCCGCUUUCUCGAUCGAGCGGCAGGAAUCCCGUUCGACAGCGGACUCCCGGGGGAGAAGCGGGAAAGAUGCGGAAGGAGACUGGAGGAAAACAGAACUCCCCUUGGCUGAGCUCGCCCUGCAUCCAAUUUCUGCCGCCAAGGACCGCGCGGCAAACAGCAAAGUCGUCGCGGAUUGAUGACCUCAAGGGUAUGCUGACCGGCUCAUUACCUAGGGAGGAAGGAGGUCUUUAUCAAGGCACAUGUGGUGGCCAGGCUCAUAUCGAAUGGCAUCGGCCGCGGGGACGGGGACCGAUAUCCCGGAAAACUUGUAUCGCGAUCAAACCCUUCAACGGAGUCUUUCAGCCGGCGAAGACAGCAUUUCCAUGGCACGCAUGGCUACCGCUUGGCGGCAAGGCGUCGGACGGAUGGCCUUGGCCGUUGGGUGCGGCCGAUGAGCGACAAGGAAAGACCAAGAUGAAUGCGGUCGCGGCGACCCGAGACAUCUUCGUGCUCCGGCGUAAUCGGACGCAUGCGGACGGAUGGCCGUCAAGCUUCAUUCAGUGUGGAGAGUGGACUUGGCAAAGCUCAUCACAUCAUUGCUAUACGUUGAUUUUCGCCAACUGGACCUCUGUCGAAUUCAAGCAGCUGUCACGGAAUGAAGCACGGCAUCUGGCCGAUUGCAGGGCCAAGACGGCCUUUCGCAGAGAUCAGCCGUUGGCAGCGGACAGAUGCAGAAUGGAAAUUGACUGAGGGAUCUUGUCCUUCGUAUCGAACCCAAUGUCUCGGGAUUCUUCUCUGGAGCUGCUUCUCAGCCGCAUCAACAAACUUUGGGAAGGCCCCAGACAUGUCUCAUUUCCUUCAGCCGGGUCAACAUAGCUCGAAGACCUUGGCAGGAGGACACAAAGACAAAGGAAUGCCGUUUUGGUGAUGGAGCACCACAGGCUCACAAUAUCAGAACCAUCUACCUAGAUCGCUUCGAUUGAUCGUCGACCAACGUUCAACAGUAGCUUCUUUGCACGAGGAAGCUUGAGAUCCGCGC